AGUCUCUCAAUCUUCAAAAACCCAGCCUCACUAGCCACUAGCCAUGGCGUAUCCGGAUGAUCACAAGAUUUCUGACCUCGUGGCGAAGCUCCCACCAGGGUGGUUCUCCUUCGAGUACUUUCCGCCCAAGACAGCGGAGGGUGUGGAGAACUUGAGGAAGCGCAUUGUGAAGAUGAAGGCGCUGAAGCCACUCUUCACUGACUUCACCUGGGGCGCAGGGGGUUCCACCUCCGAGCUCACCUUGAAGCUGACCAGCGCGGCCAAGAAUGAGUUUGGCUGUGUUGCCAACAUGCACUUGACCUGCACCAAUCAGAGCUCUGAGAUGACCGAGAACGCGCUGAAGGAGUGCAAGCAGCUCGGAGUUCGGAACAUCGUGGCCCUGCGCGGCGAUCCUCCUCGAGGUCAAGAGAAGUGGACUGCAACAGAGGGUGGCUUCAGCAGCGCUUUGGAUUUGGUGAAGUUCAUUCGGCAGAACCAUGGGGACUACUUCUGCUGCUCUGUGGCUGGAUACCCGGAAGGCCACCCCGACAACAUCGAGGACGUCCCGAGCGUUGCCAGCUUGACGCCCUCGGAGCAGCGCCGCUGUCGGGUGGCGCCCGAUGGAAAGGUCACCGUUUGCCGCGACGCCAACUUUCACAAGGAGAUGGUGUAUCUCAAGGAGAAGGUGGAUGCUGGUGCCGCCUUUGUGAUCACUCAGAUGUUCCUCGAUGCCCAGGUCUUCUUGGACUUUGUUCAGGAGUGCCGGAAGUAUGAGAUCCACGUUCCAAUCGUACCGGGCAUCAUGUGCCUGAAUGGCCUAGGUGGCUUGAAGCGCAUGACCGAGCUAUGCAAGACUCGAGUGCCUGAGGGCUUGAUGGAGCGGGCGGAGAAGGCCAACACCUCCGAUGAGGCCUUCAAAGCCUUCGGAAUCCAGGAAGGUGUGGACAUGUGCAAGAAGCUCCUGGAGGGUGGGGCGCCUGGACUUCAUUUCUACACUUUGAACCUGGAGAAGGUGGUCGUCGGCAUCUUGAAAGGUUUGGGAAAGAUUUCAGAUGCCCAAGCCGCGGAGUUCCAGCAAGUGGAAGCAGACGCGAAGUUCAUGGUCUCUGCGCAAGGCAUCACCACUGGAACCAAGGUGGUCGACCGCCCAGCACUGCCUGGAAAUCGACCCCUCAAGGAAGUGGAUCCUACCAUGUACGACUUGGUGCAACAGGAGAAGGGCCGGCAAAUGCGGUGCAUUGAGCUGAUUGCCUCUGAGAACUUCACCAGCCGUGGCGUCAUGGAAUGCCUGGGCUCAUCACUGACCAACAAGUAUUCGGAGGGCCAGCCCGGCAACCGCUACUACGGAGGCAAUGAAGUCAUCGACAAGGUGGAGAACCUGUGCAAGUCGCGGGCCUUGAAGGCUUUCAACCUUGAUGAGAAGGAGUGGGGCGUGAAUGUGCAGCCUUACAGUGGCAGCCCAGCCAACUUUGCGGUGUAUACGGCCUUGUUGCCUCCGCAUAGCCGUGUCAUGGGGUUGGAUUUGCCCUCUGGCGGACACCUCACCCAUGGCUACUACACCGCCAAGAAGAAGAUCAGCGCCACGAGCAUCUACUUCGAGUCCCUGCCUUACCGAGUUCACCCAGAGACUGGGUUGAUCGACUUCGACGAGCUCCGCAAAACGGCCUUGGUCUUCCGCCCGGCCAUGAUCCUUUGUGGUGCCAGCGCCUACCCCCGUGUCAUCGACUUCAAGAAGUUCCGGGAGAUCGCAAAUGAGGUGGGCGCCAUCCUCAUGGCCGACAUUGCCCACAUCAGUGGCUUGGUGGCGACGGGCGAGCAUCCUUCGCCCUUCGAGCACUGUGACGUGGUGACGACCACCACCCACAAGUCCUUGCGAGGGCCUCGAGCCGGCAUGAUCUUCUUCAAAUACACGGAGCAGAUCCCUGACAUCAAAGAGCGAAUUGACAUGGCAGUCUUCCCAGCACUUCAGGGUGGACCUCACAACCACCAGAUCGGUGCUUUGGCGGUGCAGCUCCUGGAGGUGGAUAGCCCAAUGUUCAAGGACUAUGCGAAGCAGGUGAAGGCCAACGCCAAGGCCUUGGCUGAGACUUUGAUGGGCAAAGGGCACAAGUUGGCGUCUGACGGUACUGACAACCACUUGCUCCUUUGGGAUCUUCGACCCCAUGGUUUGACAGGUUCCAAGGUCGAGAAGAUCUGCGAGGCGUCCUCCAUCACCUUGAACCGCAACGCCGUGCAUGGCGAUGCGAGCGCCUUAAGCCCGGGUGGUGUCCGUGUGGGGGCUCCAGCCAUGACCACCCGCGGCUGCACGGAGCAGGAUUUCAAGAAGAUCGGAGAGUUCCUGGACCGUUGCUGCCAGAUCGCCCUGAAGAUCCAAGCUGAAAAGGGCAAGAAGUUGAAGGACUUCGAGGCUGCCAUCCCGGGCAAUGCAGAGGUGCAGAGCUUGAAGAAGGAGGUGGAAGAUUGGGCGGUGAAGUUUGGCUACCCGGGCAUCUGAGCUGCGAGUUUUGUUUCAGCCUAGGCCAUAUACAGCUUACUAAUG